AUGGAUCUAAACGAAAUUCAAGAAAAAGAAAAAAUUGACGUGAAUUUUGAAUAUGGUCGUUGGUUGGCCUCUCCGCCCGCCGGCGAGGAAGUGGUCAUCUCUGGCAUGUCUGGUCGUUUUCCAAAAUCCGAUAACAUUCACGAGUUUCGUGAUAACCUGUUUAACAAAACGGACAUUAUCAUUCUAAAUGAGAAAAGAUAUAAAUUCGAUCAUCCCGAUCUACCGAAAAGAAAUGGUCUUGUUAGUAAUCUUAACAAAUUGGAUGGCGGGUAUUUUGGGCUGCAUUAUCGUCAAGCUGAUAAUACAGACCCUGGAGUGAGAGGUUUGAUGGAAACGACCGUAGAAGCUAUUAUGGACGCUGGAAUAAAUCCGUCGGAGCUCAAAGGAAGUAAAACUGGCGUAUUCGUCGCGUAUUCUUACUCGGAUGUGGAAAAUUUUGCAUUCGUGGGUGCGUCGGAAGCACAGAAGUUUACCGUUACUGGCUAUAUCAAAUCUAUGUUGGCCCAUCGUCUUAGUUAUUACUUGAAGUUAAAAGGACCAUCAUUUAUAAUUGAUACGGCGUGUAGCAGUUCUGGGAAUGCUCUUCAUUCUGCGUUUAAAUCAUUGAGAAGUGGUGAAUGUGAAAAUGCGAUAGUCGCUACCUGUAAUUUCACUAUCCAUCCAGGAGGUACAAUUCAGUUUUUUCGCUUAGGAGUUUUAAGUCCGGACGGGGUACCCAGAGUAUUCGAUCAGGGUGCAAACGGUUACGUUAGAAGUGAAGCUUGUAUAUGUAUCUUGCUCCAAAAAUCUAAAAAUGCCAAACGAAUUUACGCACAAAUUAUUAACACGAAAGCGAACUGCGACGGUUUUAAAAAAGAAGGGAUAACAUAUCCUUCGUCGCAAAUGCAAGAAGAACUUAUGACUCAAAUGUACAAAGAAAGUAAUAUUACCCCUUCAGAACUGAGCUACGUUGAAGCACAUGCCACUGGUACCCAGGUUGGUGAUCCUGAAGAAGUAAAUGCUAUAGACAAGGCUUUGGCGAAAAAAUGUGGAAAACAGCUUCUCGUGGGUUCAGUAAAAUCAAAUAUCGGUCACACAGAACCUGCUUCAGGUCUUUGUGCAAUUGUUAAAGUACUGAUUGCGAUGGAAACUGGAUUUAUACCACCUAAUAUCAACUUAAAAACAGUUCGAAAGGGUUUGGAAGGGAUUGAACAAAAUAGAAUGAAAGUUGUGACAGAAGCUACUGAGCUUUUAGGCCAUGAUGCCAUUGUAGGUGUUAAUAACUUUGGUUUCGGAGGAAGCAACUGUCACCUGAUAUUGCAAAGGUUUAAAAAACAAAAAAUCAAUGGUGGACUGCCAAAAGAUGAUGUUCCUAGAUUAAUUUGUGUUAGUGGUCGCACUGACGAAGCAGUUCUGAAAAUUUUAGACGAUGUCAGCAACAAAAGCGUGGAUGAAGAAUAUGUCGGUCUGCUUCAUCAAUUAUAUAAAAUUGAUACUCCAAGUCAUUUAUAUAGAGGAUAUGCAGUUGUUUCCAAACGUGGUGUCGUGUCCAUGUCAUCAAAAUUAAUGCCCUCUAGAAAACCACACUUGCACGUAUUUUUUGGACAAUUUGUAAAUAAUUUCCGCGUAUUGGCUUCUUAUUUGAUGAAAUUUUCGAUCUUCAAAGACAUCGAAACAAAGAUCAAUCAAAUUUUGAUGCUCUACAAAGUAAAAACGUUUAAAGAAAUUUUAGAAACAAAGACAAAAGUCGAAGAAGACGCAUUGGGGUCAAUAUGUUUGCAGUUGAUGUUAGUAGAUAUUAUCAAAGAGUUGGAAUUGUUCCCCACUGGCGUUUCAGGUGAUGCUUCUGGUAAAAUCGUUACUGCUUACUACAACAAUGUGGUUCAACUCAAAGAUGCUGUGUCAGCAGCGAUAAAAUUUAGUAAAGUUAACUUUGAUUCUAAUUUGAAUUCGCAAACAUUACCAAGCUUGGUGAACUCUAAAGAUAGAGAGCUAGUGAAGGAGAAUUGUUUAACUUAUGAAAAUGGUCAUAAAUUAUUGAAAGGGACUGUAAUACUAAAUAUAUCCGAUCUGCCGCUCAAUGGCGAAGAUAAUUUACUGGUACAAAACGGUGGCGUCAAUUUAUUGGGUCUAUUAGGAAGAUUAUAUACAGAAGGUUAUCUUCCUCAAGUACAUAAAUUGUACCCUGAAGUAGAGUUCCCUGUAAGCAGAGGCACCUCCUUGAUUUCUCCUUCUAUUGAAUGGAAUCACGACAAAUCGUGGUACAUAUAUAAAUUUAGUGAAUUUACAACAUCUUCGGACAGGGCAGAAAGGGAAUGCAUAAUUUCGUUCAUAUUCGAGGAACAUCAGUUCAUGAAAGGACACGAAAUUGAUGGACGUAAUCUUCUCCCUGCUACGGAGUAUUUAAAUCUGGUGUGGCAAACAUUGGCUCAAAAUCGAAAAUUACUACCCUCCGAUAUUCCCGUGUUAUUUGAAGACUGUAAGUUUAUGAAAGCUAUUACAUUGCCGAAGAGUGGCUACGUACGACUAGUAAUAACGAUUCAAAGCGGGACAGGCAAUUUCGAAGUUAUAGAAAAAGAUUCGUUAAUUGUCAGUGGCCGUAUUCAACUUUGCCCUAAUGCAAGCCAACAACAAACCGUGCUACCAAGUUUUAAUUCUUUCAGUGAUGAUAAACUAGAAAUAUUGGAACAAGACGAUAUUUAUCGAGAAUUUUACUUAAGAGGUUACAAUUACAGCGGUUUAUUCAAAUCAAUUAAACGAUGCAAUGCAGACGCCUCUAUUGGUCUGAUCAAAUGGGAAGACAACUGGUGCGCUUUUAUGGAUAAUAUGCUCCAAAUGAAAAUUCUUCAGUCUGACACAAGGUUGCUUUAUGUUCCUAUUGGAAUUAAGAAAAUUAUUAUAGAUCCCUUAAAACAUGCUGAUAUUGUGAACCAACAGGAUUUAAAAGAAUGUGUUCUACCGGUUCAUGUGAAUAAAUAUUGCAACUUGAUCAGGUCUGGUGGAAUUGAAAUACAGGGAGUCCAAGUCAAAUCUAUUUUCAAGAAAAAACAACGGUUGGAGCCAGUUUUAGAAAAAAAUGUAUUUGUCCCAAAUAACUGCUCGUUAGAAUUAGAAGAAGUUGUGUGCGUCAACACCCAGAUAAUCUUAGAAAAUAGUUUAGAAAACAAUUUUAAAGCUGUGGAAAUUAUAAAUGAAUUCACGGACCCAAAUGCUGCACACAUCUUAAGUUUUGUCAAUAAAACCUUAGAAAAUCUGCCAGUCGUAACUCCCGAUUUAACCAUUUCGUCAAACACAGCCAUAAACGAAACACCUGGUAUAAAAUUUGAAAGUGUUACUUUAACACCAGAAAGUAAUAUACUUCUGUACAUUGGUAGCAAAAUUUUGGAACACUCAAACUCCUUAAAACAAUUAUUUGUGCCUCUUAACAAAAAUGGAUUUAUUCUAACACGAGAAGAUAUCAGUUUCCGUUUAGAAAAAGAUAUUAUUGAGGCAGAUGUUCUAACGGACUAUGUAACCACAAACGAAAGAAUUAUUUUAUUGCGGAAAAAAGUGGUGGAAAAUGUUAAGCCCAAGUUUGUUGAAGUAUCUUCGAGUAGUUUCGAUUGGCUGCCAGAAAUACAAAAUGCUUUAAGUCUUAGAACUGAUGUUACAGUUUAUGCAACAAAUCGAGAUCCCGAAGGAAUACUGGGUUUGGUAAAUUGCAUCAGGCGAGAAACCAAUGGAAACUUAGUUAAGUGUUACUUUAUGAUGGACGAUGCUCCGAAAUUUGAUCCCCAACAUUCGUUCUAUAGUAAACAACUUAGUAAAAACUUGGCUGUAAACAUUUAUAAGGACAAAUCGUGGGGAACAUAUCGACAUUUGCUUUUGGAGGAGACGCCGAAGGUUAAUAGUGAACAUUCUUAUGCAUAUUUUAAAAGUAGAGGAGACAUAUCCAGUUUCGAAUGGUUGGAAGGACCAUUAUCUGAAGAAGUACCACUAAAAGAAGGACGAAUUUUAGUUUCAACAUGCUAUUCGUCAGUUAACUUUAAAGAUAUUAUGGUCGCUUCUGGGCGUGUAAAUCCCGAAACAUUGCAAUCCCAUCGACUUGACCAAGAAUUUCUAAUAGGAUUUGAAUUUUCAGGAAAAGAUUUAAGGUGGUAUUACUAUUUAGUGGAAAAUAGCAAAAUUGCACAUUUUAUUUACAGCGGUCGCAGAAUAGCUGGAAUGACUGACACUCAAGGUAUUUCUUCUUAUGUUACUUUCGAUUCUUCCUUAGUCUGGAAAAUACCAGACUCAUGGACCCUUGAAGAUGCAGCAACGGUUCCUGUUGUCUACUCCACUGUUAUUUACGCUCUUUUAAUGGUUGGCGAUAUGAAACCGGGUUCUUCAGUUCUAAUUCAUUCAGCCACUGGUGGUAUUGGACUAGCUGCCUUGAACAUUUGUCUUCACUAUAAAUGCAAAAUUUAUGUAACGGUUGGCACUCAGGAGAAAAGAGCUUAUUUAAGAGAAAAUUAUCCACAAAUUCCAGACCAUCAUAUUGGAAAUUCACGAGACACCUCAUUUGAGCAAAUGGUCAAAAGGGAAACCCGGAAUAAAGGAGUUGACUUUAUUUUGAACUCUCUAAGUGAAGAUAAGCUGCAGGCUUCGGUUCGAUGUUUAGGACGAGGGGGAAAAUUUAUGGAAAUUGGGAAAUACGAUCUAGCAAAUGACAGUUCUUUAAACCUAUUGCUCAUGGAGAAAGAAGCUAGUUACCAAGGAAUAUUUUUAGAUGAUGUUUUUAGAAAUUGCGAGGAAAUGAAGUCUAAAGUAGUAAAACGUUUAGUAGAAGGAAUGGAAGCAGGUUUUGUAAAACCACUUCCCAGGAUUGUGUUCAACGCAGACGAAGUUGAAAAAUCGUACAGGUACAUGAUGACAGGUAAACAUAUUGGGAGAAUACUGAUUAAACUGCGCAAUGAGGAAGAACAUAGUGUCAGUAAUUCCCAGAAAAUUUCAAAACCACGUUUCCACUGUGACUUGCGUAAAACCUACGUCGUUAUUGGAGGACUAGGUGGUGUUGGUUUAGAAUUAAGCGACUGGUUGAUUUUGAGAGGUGCAAGAAAACUAGUACUAGCGUCGAGAUCGGGCAUUCAAAGUGGUUACCAACAGCAAAGAAUAAAUAUUUGGACGACAUAUGGAGUAGAAGUUAAAAUAUCUACGAAAGACGUAACCACUGAACGAGGGUGUGAAGAUUUAAUCAAAGAAGCCACCGAGCUUGGACCUGUCGACGCUAUUUUUAACUUAGCUGUUGUUCUUAAAGACGCACUAUUUGAAAAUCAAACUCAAGAAAAUUUCCAGGCUUCGUUGGCACCAAAAUCUCGCGCUACGUUAUAUUUGGAUCGAAUCACUAGGAAAUUAUGUCCAAAACUAAGAUAUUUUGUGAUAUUUUCAUCAGUAUCCUGUGGUCGUGGGAAUUCGGGUCAAAGCAACUACGGUAUGGCAAACUCUGUUAUGGAAAGGAUAUGUGAGAAUCGAAAACGAGAAGGAUUACCGGCUGUAGCUAUCCAGUGGGGCGCGAUCGGUGAAGUUGGUUUAGUAGCCAAAAUGCAAAAGGAGAAUAAAGAAUUAGUGAUUGGUGGUACUCUUCAGCAAAAGAUUUCAAGCUGUCUUGAGGUGUUAGAUGUUUUGUUAAAACAUAACUAUCCAGUUGUUUCUAGUAUGGUGGUUGCCGAAAAACAAGACAAAAGUGGCAUUUUUAGUGCGGUAGAAGCGGUUGCCCACGUUCUCGGAAUAAAGGACAUGAAAACUAUAAGUCAGUAUACGACGUUUGCAGAACUCGGGAUGGAUUCGAUGAUGGGUACAGAGAUUAUUCAACUUUUAGAGAAAGAUUUUGAAAUCUACGUAACAUCUAAAGAUGUGAGAAGUUUAACAUUUGCAAAACUGGCUGAAAUGGAGGCAGAGAAAGUAAAUAAAUCUGAAGAAGUUGUAAACAAGAAGAUAGAGGAAGGUAAAAAUUUGCUCAUUCAGUAUAUUCCUGAGAGCGAAAGUGUUCAGUUGCCUGCUGUGAAAUUAAUUAGCCAAGUGGAUUCAGAAGAGGAAGCUCCAACUGCAUUAGUGUUGCCAGGAGUUGAAGGUGUUUUCAAACCACUGGAACUUUUGACAAAUUCAUUAAAAGCACACGUAAUAGGAUUACAGUAUAGCUAUAACAAUCCGGAGGACAGUGUUGAAGAAAUUGCACAUAAUAUACUGCCGCACAUCGAAAAUUAUUUAUCCAGAAAAAUCCCCUUUUACGUUAUUGGAUAUUCAUUUGGUUGUCUAGUCGGUCUAGAAAUAAUCAGUCUGUUAGAAGAGAAAGGUUAUAAUGGAAUCAUGAUUUGCAUCGACGGUUCACCAGCAUAUAUAACUUCGUCUUUAAAAAAACAAUUCGCACAUGAAACAGAUGCCCAGUUCCAAACUGCGAUUUUGAGCAAAAUCUCUGCUGUUGUGAUUCCGUUGGAUAUAUUUUCGCAAUACGAGGAAACCUUCCUGAAGUGCAAAAAUUUUGACGAACGAGUCGAAUUGUUUCUGACCUUGUUACCUCCAGAAACAAGUGACAAACACAAGUUAGAAAAGCAGGCAGGUCUUGCGUUAUACAGACGUUGUAAAGCUAUACUUAACUAUUCAUUUAAAAAUAAGAAAAUUAAAUCGGCAGUGCAUCUGUUCAAGGCAAAAUAUCCCAUGGUUGAGGAAGGAGACGACUAUCAGUUAUCGAACGCAUGCGACAAUCUAGUACAAGUAACUGCAAUUGAUGGUGACCACGUAACAAUUUUAAAUAGUCCAGAUCUUGUAAAAGCUCUUAGCGAAAUCGUAGCGCUGAAAUCAUAA